AUGACGAUUCCUACAUUAACCGUCGAUGAAGUAUCCAAAGGCAUCCAAGAUUAUGCCUCUAACAAGAGCAUAAUCAACGUUUUAGAGGGCAUCCUUAACGAUUAUAUGGAUCUCCAUUAUGGCAAAGAUACUCCUUACACUACAGGGCAACAAGUAGUUCCCACUGGAGCUACUAUAGAAGAUGUGAAGAAUGGAAUCGACAGUGACCUUGAGAAGAAAUUAAAGGAUGUAUUUGAAAAGAUCUCAGAAGUGUACCAAAGUGGGGAUUUAACUCCUAGAUCAGAAAAUGAUGGUUCUUGGGAUGAAAAGUACAAACCGGUAUUAGUUCUAUUGACUCCUAAUAAGUAA